UCACACGAUCAUGGCACGUCAUCAGCUCCUAGCAUCCCUGUCUCUCCUUCUGGCCAUCUGGGCCGUUAGCUGUACGGCGGAGGCACCGCUCCGGCGAAAUGUACGCCUUGGACGCCUGCGUCUGCGUCCGGUAACCUUUGCUCGGCAACAGGUUGCCCCAACGCCCUAUCCCUCGGCGGCGGAACUAAAGCCUGCGGCUGAGGAGCCCGCUCUCACUUAUGGACCCCCUGAGGACUCCGAUGUAGAAGCCCAGGCCGCUUUGCCUGCGGAGCAGGAGCCACCGGUAGACAAUUUUGAGCCCAGCCCCGAAACCAAAGAGGUGGACACCGAGGAGAGCUCUCUGGAGGUAACCACGCCCGGCUCCACCCUUGCCCGCCUGCGCAGCCGCCAGAGACUGGCCAAGUUGCAGCUGGCCAAGCCAAAGCGUCAGCGUCAGCGCAUCGCUCGCCUGGAAGAGCUGCCAGUGGAUGAGGCAGUGGCUCCUGUGGCCCCAGUAGCUGCAGUUGCACCGGUUUCUUCUGUGGCUGCUGUUGCUCCCGUUCCGGCUGCAGUUCCCCAGUUCUACUACGUGGGUGCUGGCCAGCAGCCCUAUUACCUAGCCUACAGCGCUGCUCCCCAGCAGCUGGGCUGGUAAACUAUAGCCAAAUUAUGCCAAUUGUUACUCAGAUCGCCUAGAACUUGUUUUUCUUGUUUGAAAUAAAUAUAAUAUAUAUAUGGUAAUGGAAACACUUGUAUAUGAUUUAAUUUUGGGUGUAAUUAGAAAGAUGGUUGUACAAUUAAAAAUCGCUCAAACUUGAAAUAAUGACAGGUAUUUUUUACCAAAAUAUUUGUUUAAAAAUAAAAUUGCCUUUUUAAAGUGAAUAUUUUAUCAGAAUAAUAGUUCCUUUUCUUUCUUAAAAAGGCAUUGAAAUCAAUUUGCACAAUGUUCCACAACUUGUGGUGUUUUCAUCGCUUUGCUCCGAACCCAACAACACACACGGCCAAGAGUUUUCCAUUCACCACCAACUUAUUGCGAAUCAUUGGCCUUUAACAAUAGCUUAGCACAGGACCCUUUGUGGAGCCGCCAUCUCCCUACUGCGGAUCCCUUGCCGCUCGUAUGCAUAGUAUCCCUGUCCCUCGUCGCAUGUAAAUGGCUCCGGCAGCGUUUGAAGGGCUUCUUGUUCGCCUCGUCUUAGUGCACAUUUUGCCGGGCAUUUUAUGGCCUUUUGUGCAACUUUGUUUCCCUUUUCCAAUGCAUUUUUAAUGCUUUAUUUUAUUUUAAGCCGAAGUGGCUGGCCCCCGAUUGAAAGGGCUCUCUCUUAAAUGUUUUGCUAAGCUGUUGAAUGUUUCGACAGUUCAUCAUAAGUGUUUAGUUCGUGAGUUAAAAGCUCCCAACUAUCCACCUAUGGAUGCUGCCAACUUUAUUACCCUUAAAAAAAAACAGAUAUAAUUAUGCAAACUUACGACAACCACUUUGCAAUUCAAAUGGCGAAUGUGGCUUAUUUUCAUAACGUUAAUCACCGAGCUUUCAAUAAAUUCUCUUCCAAUUAACUAACUGAAAUAGACAGCUUAAUUGGUCGCGCUCAAAGUCUCUGUUGGGAAUCGUUAAUCAC